AUGUCUCAGGAAUGGCUGACUGGCCUUGCUGUCAUCAGUAUCAAUCACUCAAUAGGGGAGCAGAUUUCGUAUGAUGACAUUAUUGAUGAUUUUGCAUCAAGGAAGGCCAGAAAGCACUUCCAAAGCAUCAAUGAGCACACGCCCACCAGGAAUGCAAAUGUUGCGUGUUACACACUCUACGCUUUAGCUAAAAUUGCACAACAAGGACACCAGGAACAGAAGAAAUCUUGCUGCGCCAUCUGUCUGGAUCUACUGAAGGAUCCGGUGACUGUUCCCUGUGGGCACAACUACUGUAUGAGCUGUAUUCAAAGCCAUUUGGAUGAGGAAGAUCAAAAGGAAACCCACAGCUGUCCUCUGUGCAGACAGACCUUCGUACUGAGGCCCACCCUGGUGAAGAACACCAUGUUAUCAUAUUUAGUGAAGAAGCUGAAGAAGACAGGAACAGCUUCAGCUGAUCACUGCCAUGCUGGACCUGGAGAUGUGGCCUGCGAUGUCUGCACUGAAAGAAAGCUGAAAGCUGUCAAGUCCUGUCUGCACUGUCUGGUCUCUUACUGUGAACAACACCUGCAGCCUCACUACAAAUCUCCUGCCUUUGAAAAACACAAGCUGGUCAACCCUGCCAAGGGGCUUCAGGAGAACAUCUGCUCUCGUCACAAUGAGGUAAUAAAGAUUUUCUGCCGCACUGAUCAGAUGUAUAUCUGUUAUCUCUGCUAUAUGGAUGAACAUAAAGGCCACAACAUAGUCACAUCUGAAGCCCAAGGGACUGACAGGCAGAAAGAGAUUGAAGUGAGCUGGCAAAAAAUCCAGCAGAGAAUCCAGACCAGAGAGGAAGGUGUGAAUGAGCUUCAGCAGCAGAUAGAAACAAUCGAACAAUCUGCUGAUCAAGCAGUGGAGGACAGUGAGAUGAUCAUCAAUAAACUGGUCCAUUUUAUCAAGGAAAAGGGUUCUGAUGUGAAGCAGCAGAUCAGAUUAUAUAAGAUAACUGAAGUGAGUCGAGCCAAAGAGCUUCAGGAGAAGCUGGAGCAGGAAAUCACUGAACUAAGAAGGAAAGAUCCUGAACUGCAGCAGCUCUCACACACAGAAAACCACGCUGAAUUUCAACUCAGUUACUUGCUGCAGUUGCAACUCAGUGACUCUACAGACACACCAAGAACCAAAAUCCAUCCCGUGACACAUUUUGAGGGUGUGCCAUCAGCUCUGUCAAAGGUCAGCGAUAAAGUACAGGACUUCCUUAGAGAGAAAUGCAGCAAAGUCUCACUGUCAUUGAGAUCCGUGGAUGUUUUGCUGCCACAAGAAGAGCCCAAGGGCAGAAAUGAGUUUUUAAAAUAUUCAUGUCAGCUCACACUGGAUCCAAAUACAGCCCACAAACACCUAUAUCUAUCUGAUGGGGACAGAAUGGUGUCAGAGGUUCAACAUCAGACAGUGCCAGAAAGUUUAGUACCAGGAGACAGAUUCCAUGUUGAGCAGCAGGUUCUGAGUAAAGAGGCUUUGACUGGGCGUUGUUACUGGGAGGUGGAGUGGAGCGGGGAAGAAGUUUCAAUAGCAGUGACAUACAAAAAUAAUGAAGAAUUGGAUCAAAGUGGAUUUGGAGAAAAUAACAAGUCUUGGGCAUUAGACUGUUUCGAAGACCGUUAUAAAUUCAGACAUGACCAAGUUAAAACUCACAUCUCAGGCCCUCAGUCUUCCAGAGUAGGAGUGUACCUGGAUCACAUGGCAGGUGUUCUGUCCUUCUACAGCGUCUCUGACACCAUGACUCUCCUCUGCAGAGUCACGACCACAUUCACUCAGCCAGUCUAUGCUGGGAUUUGGAUUUGGAGGACUUUAUUCAAUCUGACCACUGCUAAGAUUAUUGAGUUAAAGUAG